AAAUUUUUGUAAGUAGAUAUCUUAUGUAUUAUCGACUCCCACAAAUGAUCUUGCAUUGGUACAAAAUAGAUCUUUGUUGUCUUUCUUCCCUCAUACGGGCACAAGUCGCAAGAAAAAUACCCGCCCAGACAAAUUAGCGGAUACUCGAACCGUGCAAAAGCAGUGUGAAUUUUCCAGGGUUUCUGCGCACUCUUUCUGGUGAUUUGAUGUCGGCUCCUGCUACGUUUUUAGGUUGAUCUCGCUACGCCGUCUGACGUCAUCUUCAUCCGAAAGUUGUAUGAUUUUUAUGCUAAUUAUCGAACGGACUAUUACACGCCAAUACUUCACUGACGCACGAGAAAAUUACUAACAAGGAUACUUGUGGCUUUAAGAACAGCUUUUAGCUUAUUUCAGCUAAAGCAAAUGAACAUCUUACAAAGUAUCGAAUUAUUUUCUAUAGCAGAGAUUCUUGACGUUCCAAUUUCUUCGUCAAUGUCUUUCGGUACAACUUUUUGGCUCUCAUGAGGCGUCCCUAAGCACGUGACCUCAUCAAAUCGGCUUUCAUUUACGUGCUCUUCUUCAUCAGCAAGUCUUCAUUGCCUGCGCUGCAACUUUAAGGUUUCUCCACGUGCGCUGCCACUUCACCAGGAGUCCUCUACGUGCGCUGCCACUUCAACAAGAGUCCUCUACGUGCGCUGCCACUUCACCAAGAGUCCUCUACGUGCGCUGCCACUUCACCAAGAGUCCUCUACGUGCGCUGCUACAUCUACAAUCUCAUUCACUAACAUUUUCAUCGAUUUUUCUCACAUCUCUUUUGGCGUAACUAAAGCUCCCACAUUGAUUGCCUUCUUCACCUAAUCUCCAACCCUGAAGAUUACCUUGGUACUUCAGUUAAAAAUUCACGACUAAUUUCUGGAUUGAGGAGGAAAUCGUGAUGAUUUCUCACCACAACCACCACCACCACCCAGCCAUCAACAUCACCCGUAGCCUCUCAGAGGAGGCUGAGGCUAGUGAUGAAUUUGGGGAAAAAUCCUUCAAGCUGAGCGAGAAGGUUGCAGAGGCAAGCGCCAGCGGGUUCCGUGAUCGCAACAAACGACGCUUCAGUCUACCCGUAGCGGCGCGUCCCCUGCCUGACUCCAGCCGACGAUCUUCAGUCAUCUCAUCCUGCGACUCCAACUCCUCGUACACGGGUAGCAGCAGCGAUGAAGAUGAAGUAUCGCCGCGCGAGAAGACCCAGACAACGGCCGCCGGCUUCACCGACUUCUGCGUCAAGAACCUCAGGCAGGCCGAGUUCGGGCGCCGUGAGAUCGACAUCGCUGAGCAAGAGAUGCCGGGGAUCGUAGCGCUGCGUGAGCGCGCAGGGAAAGACUCGCCGCUGAAGGGCGCUAAGAUCGUCGGCUGCACUCACAUCAACGCCCAGACUGCCGUUCUGAUCGAGACGCUGACAGCUCUUGGUGCGAGCGUGCGGUGGGCGGCGUGCAACAUCUUCUCUACGCAGAACGAAGUCGCCGCUGCACUGGCUGAGAAAGGGUUGUCGGUGUUCGCGUGGCGCGGUGAGAGCGAGGAGGACUUCUGGUGGUGCAUCGACAAGACCGUCAACGCUGAGAACUGGCAACCUAACCUCCUGCUGGACGAUGGCGGUGACGCUACACAUCUCAUGAUCAAGAAAUAUCCUGCCAUGUUCAAGAUGGUCAAAGGCGUGUGUGAAGAGAGCGUUACAGGCGUGCACCGCCUCUACCAGCUCAGCAAGGCUGGCAAGCUCAACGUGCCCGCUAUGAACGUCAACGAUUCUGUCACCAAGACCAUGUUUGAUAACUUCUAUGCCUGCAGGGAGUCUAUCAUUGACAGCCUGAAGCGGUCAACAGACGUGAUGUUCAGCGGCAAGCAGGUGGUGGUGUGUGGCUACGGUGAGGUGGGCAAGGGCUGCUGCCAGGCUCUCAAGAGCCUCGGCUGCGUCGUCUACGUUACAGAGAUCGACCCCAUCUGCGCUCUGCAGGCCUGCAUGGACGGCAUAAGGACGAUGAAGUUAGGCGAGGUUAUCAGGCAAGUUGACAUCGUUAUCACGGCGACGGGGAACAAGAACGUCGUCACCAGGGAACACAUGGACAAGAUGAAGAACGGCUGCAUCGUCUGCAAUAUGGGACACUCCAACACUGAGAUCGAUGUGAACUCGCUGCGGACUCCGGAGCUGACAUGGGAGAAGGUUCGCUCUCAGGUGGACCACAUCAUCUGGCCUGAUGGCAAGCGCAUCAUUCUCUUGGCUGAGGGUAGACUGGUCAACCUAUCAUUAUCAUCCGUGCCAUCCAUCAACGUCUCCAUCACAUCAUGCACUCAGGCACUGGCAUUGAUCGAGCUGUUCAACGCGCCCCCUAACCGCUACAAGAGCGACGUGUAUCUGCUGCCUAAGAAGAUGGACGAGUACGUGGCCAGUCUGCACCUGCCCAUGUUCGACGCUCAUCUCUCCGAGCUUAGUGAUGACCAAGCCAAGUACCUCGGUCUCAGCAAAGCUGGUCCCUUCAAGCCUAAUUACUAUCGGUACUAAUGUAGCAUACAGCUCCGGACUGUUCAUCCUAAUGUAGCUUCGGACUGUCCACUGAAUGUCCGCACUGUGUCCGCACUGCCCGUCUCAUCCGCCGCCUGGCGGGAGUUUUGAGCAACUCGUAUAUUCAAAUUUAUAAUAUGCGUCAUAUUUUCUGUGGUAUGAUGUGAACGCUUGUAUUCUUUAGAACGUGCAGAACAUUGCAAGCUUUCUGCCGUCCUCGGUAAAAAUUUCAGGGAUAGAUCUCUUUUUCUUUCUUUAUAUAAUAAAAAAUAAUUUUUCAUUAUUUUUCAUCAAGAGUUUUAUCCUUGAUUCUGAUUCAUGCCAAUUGUAGCCAUAACUUAUUAUCAUUCAUAUUUGAAGUUAUAGUACGUGUUUGUUCGAACUUGGAGUAACACGUUUAUUUCUUUCUUUCCAAUCGCACUUAAGUCAAAGAGAUAUUUCAAUUUAUCACAAACUAGAAUGGAAAACUCAUCCCUUCCGUUUUCAUUUAUAUUGCUCUUCCAUUGUAUUAACUAAUUCCCACUUGCACCUAAUUUGCAACAUUGAAACUGUUGCAAUUUUUAACUGUUUUUAAAGUUUGAAUAAAGAUGAUGGCUUAUGUACUUAGAUGUUUGACUUGGCGUGCAAAUUCUCCUCAUAUUUUUAUUUAAAUAAAUACUUAUUUCUUGUAGAUUCUGCGUCUUAUUUUAACGCAAUUUUGUAAUUAAUCUAGUAAGAGAUCAUCUGGCGUUAUGACAAGCUUGUUAGACGGAAAUGAACAGCACUUAGCAACUCUUCAUUGUACGAUGGUGAGACUUUGUGAUACUUGCAACCAUGAUAGCGAGUUUAUGGAUGAUGGUCGAAAAUAUUCUCACGAACGUUUAUAAUUCAUAAUUAUUUUCUCCCGAAAUGACAAGCUCAUCACGACCCUAAGGUUAACAGUAUCGUUUUUUUUU